ACGGUCUUCAGACCCGGCGCUUUACGGUGCUAGUCACUGCCGAGCUGGGAGAUGUCGGCGGCCGACCGGGCGGAGCCGUUGGGUCCUCCCGGCCACUUUGCGAAGCGGCUCCUGGUGACCGGCGGUGCUGGUUUCAUUGCAUCACAUGUGAUUGUCUCUUUAGUAGAAGAUUAUCCAAACUAUAUGAUCAUAAAUCUCGACAAGCUGGAUUACUGUGCGAGUUUGAAGAAUCUUGAAGCCAUUUCUACCAAACAAAAUUAUAAAUUUAUACAGGGUGACAUAUGUGAUUCUCACUUUGUGAAACUGCUUUUUGAGACCCAGAAAAUAGAUAUAGUACUACAUUUUGCUGCGCAAACACAUGUAGAUCUUUCAUUUGUACGUGCCUUCGAGUUUACAUACGUUAAUGUUUACGGCACUCACGUUUUGGUAAGUGCCGCUUAUGAAGCCGGAGUAGAGAAAUUCAUUUAUGUCAGCACGGAUGAAGUAUAUGGAGGCAGUCUCGACAAGGGAUGUUACGAGGAUCAAAGAAGCUACUUACUCCAUGUGAAGUGUUUAGAAAAAUGUCAGGAAUUUGAUGAAUCUUCACCGAAGCAACCUACAAAUCCUUACGCGUCGUCUAAAGCAGCUGCUGAAUGUUUUGUACAGUCUUAUUGGGAACGAUAUAAGUUUCCAGUUGUCAUCACAAGAAGCAGUAAUGUUUAUGGACCACAUCAAUAUCCAGAAAAGGUUAUUCCAAAAUUUAUAUCUUUACUACAACACAACAGGAAAUGCUGCAUUCAUGGAUCAGGACUUCAAACAAGGAAUUUCCUUUAUGCCGCUGAUGUAGUGGAAGCAUUCCUCACUGUCCUCAAAAAGGGGAAACCAGGCGAAAUUUAUAACAUUGGAACCAAUUUUGAAAUGUCCGUUGUACAGCUUGCUAAAGAACUAAUACAGCUGAUCAAAGAAACCAGUUCCGAGUCUGAAAUGGAAAACUGGGUUGAUUAUGUUAGUGACAGACCUACAAAUGACAUGAGGUACCCAAUGAAGUCAGAAAAAAUACAUGGCUUAGGAUGGAGACCUAAAGUGCCUUGGAAAGAAGGAAUAAAGAAAACAAUUGAGUGGUACAGAGAGAAUUUUCACAACUGGAAGAAUGCGGAAAAGGCACUGGAACCCUUCCCAGUACAGUCAGCAUUUGUAUAGUCAAGACAGUUUUUGGAGAAAGAAGAAAAUUAUCCUACCUCAACAAGUGAUAAGAAAUCAAGUGACCAAAUUAAGUAUCCUCGUUUCGCUCGGAAUUAGAUUCCUGACUUAUUGUAUAAAAUGUAAACACAAAAUCCUUCAAUAUUUGGAAGUUUUCAGUAUUAGCACAGGAUUUAAAUAUGAAAAUCAUUUCAGAAACCUUUUCUCCUAAAAAUGAGGAACCAGUAGACAUAGAAAGAUGACUCCUUACAAGGGGGCUGGGAGUGGAGAGUCCCGGUUCUGCGAACAGAGACGGGAAGUUAAGCUGGGAAGAUGGCAGCCUUUCCCGCUGUUGAACUCGGUGAGCUUCCAUGGGAAGAUGGCAGCCUUUCCCGCUGUUGAACUCAGUGAGCGUCCAUGCACGCCCUUCCCACUGCCUAGCAUUCCCUUUAAAGUUUUCCUUUUUAGGCAUGUAGGAUGAGCUUCAGGCUUGGGGAGGAUGAGCUUCAUGCCCCAGUUUUUUUUUUAAGUCAUGUUUUGCUAUAUAGACAGUCUCUGGGCCACGAACAUCCAACUCACUUACAACCCAUAGUUAGGAACCAACCCCUGCAAAACCUAUUAUAUUAAAAAUUCAAGGUACAUACAGUGGGUCUUAAUAACAAAUGGACACUACUUUGCAGUCUUAUCAAAACAUUAUUGUUAUUACUGUACUGUUAUGUCAAAGAUGUCUUAGUGUAUUCGGAAGUGUUUAAUUUUUUUAUGCAUAGAAAGGCACACUAUACACUAAGACGUUUGACUAACUGAUAUUAGCUAUGAACUGUACCUGACUGUUCUGACUUACAUACAAAUUCGACCAAAUUACAACAGAUUUAGGAAUGGAACUCUUCCGUAACCCAGAGACCACCUGUGAUUGCUUUAAAAAAACAGAAUGAAAUGGAAGCAUAUAUAUUACUUUUUAACUUUUGAUAUUUUUGUAAAAUUAAGGUAAAUGUUUUUAAAAGAGGAAUGUAAAGUUUUUAUAUUUUCAAAAUCAUUUUUGAAAUAUGUAUAAGUAACCUUGUAUCAGAAAUUUCAUCGUGUAUUUACUGUUUAAAAUUUUAUUUAUAAAAUUGUCAGUAUUGUAAUGUAUUUAAUGCAUAAUGUGGCUUUUUUUAGUAACGUAUGCUGUGUUUAUUUUGCUGCAGAGAAAUAAAAUACUUGAUUCUCUGUAUACUUACUCCUCUUUGCCUUAAAGACUCUAACUUGAAAAAGGAACUGAUUGAAUAUGGGAUUAAGAAAGGAGAAGAAGUCCAGGAUGAUGCCCAGCUUUCUGGCCUUAGUGUGUGGGCAAUGGAUGACAUGUUUUCUCUGAAGGAGGAAGGUGGUCAUUAACUAAGAGGUGACUGGGAUAGGGAGAGGGGGAAAAGAGUGAGUAGAAACGACGACAUUAGGGAUUUGCUAAACAGAAAUGAAACACGCUGAAGUUGAACACUGCGAAUUUGAGUAGAAUAAGAAUUCUGAAAUGUGUAGCUUUUCGUUAACAGUGUUCAGUAACUUCAGAUGUGGAUGAAGAAAAUACAGAUAGAUGAACCAGAAUUGGGCAAAGUACAAGUUAGGUGGGGCGGAAGGUCUAAAGAGCUGAGGGUGAGAGAAUGAUUAAAUGACGCUCCACGGUUCUCGACUACGUAGGGAAAAAAAUGAUUCUAGAAGGGAGCCUAUUGUGCUAGAGAAGAGGGAGUGGGGAAGGCAGCGUAGGGAGUGGAGGUAAGAGCUCAGAGAGGCUAGGAAGUUUGCAGGCAAGCUGUGGGACCAACUAGCACUUAGUUUCCAUCCUGGUGACUAAUCCAGCUUCCAUUCAGGUGGCCGUGACAGGUCCUUAUUCUAUGUUGAUAAAGGGCCUUUGGAAGUCCUUCAGAUACUUAGGAUUGGAGCCUCUAUGAGAGAAACAAAUCUCUCUCUUUGUCAGUAUCUAAAUUUCAACGCAUAUACUAAACAAAAUAUCUGAUGCCUAUAGAAUGAGAAAGGAUAAAAGGAAGAAGGAAAUCCCAUUCUAUAGAACCUAAUUUUGUUCAGUGAAAUAUAAGCUAUAAGAGGGCAUCUGUGUGGAAUUAGAGUUCAGAUGCUAUUUUCAGUGCAGUUAGACAACUUCCUUCUCUACAUGUGUCGGUUUGAGCUAAGAGCAGAUGUUUUCGAGGACUGGAGUGGAGUACAUUGUAUGUGUGUCCUGGGUCAUUUGUUCUGGCACAUAUUUUUGUGUAUGCUUUUAUUUCUAACUUUUUAGUAUACUCAAUAUGACUUACCUUUAUUGUUCAUCUAAUCUCAGAAAGUGACCUUGACAGACAUUAAGGACAUGUAAUGAAAAAUCAAUUACAAUUAUACUUUACCCAAAAUGUAUUAAAAAAAAAAAAAUUAAGAGCAACCUUAGUAAUAAAGAAAUGAGCUGAGUUAUACUGAAAGCUUUUGGUCUUGAAGAGGCUUUUGAAAGUUGUCUUCCUUUCGUCACCUCUGUUAUAUUCCACGAUUAGCUGGCACGUGGCUUUCAUGCCUACCUCUCCAGGAGCAGCCACCAGUGGCCUCUUUUCACAUACCCCUUCUGGGAGAUUUACUCCCAUGGCUCCAAUUGCUAUCUUUCUCAGUUUUUUUUUUUUUCAAUCACAUCUUUUUAUUUUAAUUGUGAUUUAGGUCAAAGCUUACAUAGCAAAUUCGUUUCUCAUUAAGCAGUUAGUACACAUUAAACAGUGACAUUGGUUUCCAAGCCUGUGAUGUGUCAGCACUCUCCCCUUCUCCACCUCCGGCUCCCUGUUUCCGUUCGUCCAGUUUCCCUACCUCUUCUUCUUUGAUUUUGGACUGGUGUGCGCAUUAGUCUUGUAUACAUGACUGAACUAUGAAGCAUGUCCCUCCUGUGUGUUACUUUUGGCCCUGUAGACCUUUCUAAUCUUUGACUGAAAGGUGAACCUCAGGAGUAACUUCAGUACCGAGUUAAAAGUGUGUUUGGGGGCCAUACUCUCAGGGUUUCUCUAGUCUCUGUCAGACCAGCAAACCUGGUCUUUUUGUGUGUGUGAAUUUGAAUUUUUGUUCUACGUUUUCUCUGUCUCUGUUCCGGACCGUCUAUUGUCAUCCCUGACAGAGUAGUUGUUGGUGGUAAUCAGGCACCAUUUAAUAGUUCUGGGUUCAGUCUGGUGGAGGUUGUGGUAGUUGUGGUCCAUUAAUCCUUUAUUUCAAAUUUUUAUCUCUAGCCAAGGUGUCUUCUGAGCUUCUGAUCUCCCUCUAGCCUUGUAUAUUCAAUUGUCUACUUGAUAUUUGUUAUUUGUGUCUCUGGAGACGUUCAGUCUCAAUAUGAUCCUAAAUUCCUAGUUGUCCCUGGUUCAGCAAGUUGAACCUGGGAGUCAUUAUUGAUACUGUCCUAUUUUUCACCUUUCUCUCUCACCACCGUAUUCUGCCAUUCUCAUAUCUAUUUUUAUAUUUUUAAAUGACAUGCUUAUACUGCUCUUAUUAUCAACUUCCAUCAAUAAUAGAGGAAACCCUGGUGGAAUAGUGGUUAAGUGCUACAACUGCUAGCCAAAAGGUUGGCAGUUCACAUCCACCAGGUGCUCCUUGGAAAUUCUAUGGGGCAGUUCUACCCUGUCCUAUAGGGUUGCUAUGAGUUGGAUCUGACUCGACGGCAACUGGUUUGGUUUGGUGGGUUUAUAAUAAUAGAUAUAGAAUUUAGCUCUACUGCAUACCCUCUACAUUCCAUUCCUUUCCCAUCUAUGAGUUGGAACUGACUGGACAGCAGUGGGUUUGGGUUUUUUUUUUUUGGUAUUAUUAAAAUUACAUCUUUUUUUUCAGUAUGCAGCCAAGACCUGUACUGUGAUUAUAAUUCCUAUCUUGUAAAACUUCAUUUUCUCCUGGAGUUGGUAAUCAGCUGAUUUUUCUUCUUACUUUUUUAGGUACUCCAAUAUUCUAUUGAGUAUAAUUUCCAAGAGUUCUUUUGUCUUCUCUGUUCUUUUUUUAAUAUAAUAUCUUACUCUCAUUUUAUGGUUAUAUUUUAUCUGAGGAUUACUGACUUUUUUCAAUCCCUUUCCUUCACUGGGGCCCUGGUGGUGCAGUGGUCAAGAUCUAUGGCUGCUAACCAAAAGAUUAGCAGUUCGAAUCCACCAGCCACUCCUUGGAAACCCUAUGGGGCAGUUCUACUCUGUUUUAUAGGGUCGCUCUGAGUCAGAAGUGACUUCAUGGCAGGGGGUUUGUUUUUUUUGCUUUUUUAUUCCCUACGUUAUAUAUGUUUCAUUUAGUUUCUUUCAUGUUUGUUGGUUUGUUUAUGUGCUGCUUUGAGUAUUCUAUAUCAUGUCGGAAGCUUUGCUCAGCUAUCUGGUUGACCUUGGCUAUCUCUUCAGAACGAGGUUCUCGGAAGUUAUUAGAAGCUCAGUGUAAGUAGACAGGGGAGAUUUCCUUGUAGAAUAAGUGGAAAGUGGGCCAUUUGUGGGAUGGAACCCACUAAUGUCAGGAUCUAGCAGACUUUUCUUUGGGGCCAUUUCUCUUCUGCCUACAGUGACAUGGCUCAUUUUUGUUUCUGGAAAUAGAAGGGAAAGGAAGCUAUUUAGAAUGUAGAUUUUAGUAUGGCGAUCUCUUAACCAUCUAUCAAAGGUCUUAAUGCACUUAACACCAGCCUCCUACUGUACGUAGAGGUUUCCAAGUCCAUACCUCUUCUCUUCAGGUUCUCCAGAUGAUAACCCUCCUGUCUGGAGGGGAAGAGGAGGAGGGCAAGUGUGUCAGUUGGUCCUGCAGGAGGCAGAUGCUGAGACAAAGUAAUGGUUGUAAAAGAUACAAGGACGGAAGAGUGGUACUGGCUAAGGCUCUGUGGGCAGAAAACAUAAAUGUAUGUGGAAAAAGGUGUCUGUGGUGAGAGAAUAAAACACUCUUUCAGGCUGGAAAGAGUUUAAUGGAGUCAACUUGCCACCAAGUAACUGGUUAGUUUCCUCAAGGAAUAGUGCCAUACUGGGAGCUCAGCAUUGGUCUCUGUUAUCAGCAAUUGGAAGUUGAGAGGACAAUAGCUAGAUUGGCUUGGUAAGGGAGAACAGAUGCUGUGGGGCCCAAGAGUAGAUUCCUUCUCUAUCAUGGCUACUCCAUUCAUAAGCCCAUCAAGCCAGUCCUGAUAAUGAAGACCAGCUAACGUUAAUUGACAAAGACGUUUUGUCUACUUGGUGGUUCAGUACCUCUUCUACAGUGGUUGCUUUCUGGUGGGUGUUAACAAGUGACAGAGGUCUGCAUGCUCCCUGCUGACUCACAUAUGCCUAUCCACAUGUCUCCAACCCUGACUUCCUUGUCUCCACUCCUCUAGUCUCUUUCCUUAUAAGCCCCUGACUAGCAAACCAGGCCGUUUGCCACUGCCCAUGAGUUAAUAUAUAUUCUCACCUCAGGUCACUUCUAUACAAGGUGUAUGCCCCGGGACACUGCUUGUUCUACCCUUUGGAAGAUUUUCCCUUUUCAAGUUCUUAAAGAACACUCCUGAGUAGCUUUAAUGCAGCCACACUGUUCAUUUUUGGCUUGCAUCUCCGUAACAAGCCAACCCAUCCAUAAACCCAUAAACCAAGCUCAGGCUUUCUCCUCUUCAUUUGGUUGUAUGGAGACUCUACCUCUCCCCAUUGGCCACAGUUGUAAACUGGGGUGUGGGGAGGCACUAGUUUAACUGAGUUGAUGAUGUAGAGAUUUGACUUGUCUCCUCUUGCAGCUUAAUUAUAUCCUCUGAUUCUGUUCAGGCCCAAUCCUCAAUGUAUCAUUUUCAUCUCACAAUGGGCUGUUACUGGGCCCACCUGACUUUAUGACUAGAUGGGCCUAAAAGAACUGAGCGCAUGAUGAGCAGUUCUGGACGCAUGCUCACUCUGAAUGCAUUCUGUCUCUCCCAGGGCGCAGAAACAUGCCAGGAGCUAUUUUCCAAAAGGCAUGUAAUAAUUCUCCACUACAGAUGAAAUGGUCUUUAUUCAGAACUCUCAGGACCUGCACUGUGAUUUCUCCCACUGGGGUUCACCGUAAAAUCUGCACAUCAUCUUUUUCCACCAGUGACACCUCUAACACCAUAGGGUCCAUCGGGUCAUAUGGCCCAAGUAACAGGGGUGUUUACAACAUAGCUUGGACCUGCUACAGAGCCCUUUACUGCUCCAGACUCCACUCAAAGCUAAUAGCCUUUUAUGUCACUUUUAGUACAUUGGUUGGAGCUUAUCUCUAGGUGUGGAAUGUGUUGCCUCCAAAACCUGAAGAAGCCUACCAGGUGCUGUACUUCCUUCUUUGUGGAUGGGAAUGCAAGGGGCAACAAUUUGACUUUUACUUUGGAAAGGAUGUCCCAGCGCACCCCAACCCCUGUACUCCUAAAAACUUUACUAAAAUGGCAAGUCCCUGAACUUCAUAGGAUUUAUCUCCCACAUUCUGGGGUUAAUGUGAAUUACCAAAGCGGCCAUAUGCUUAGGCGCCCGUUGCUAAUCCUGCCUGAUCAGUAUGAUGCCAUCAAUGUAAUAGAUCAAUGAAGCGCUCUGCAGGAUCUUCAGAGGACCCAAAUCUCUUCAAACUGUGUUAUGACAGAGAGUGGAAUGAGUUAAUGUAGUCCUGAGGCAAAACUAUAAGUGCAACUGGUUUCUUUUCUUCUUUUUUGAUUAAGAUAGAAAAUACAUCCACCAAGUCAGUGGCCGGAUACCAUGUUCCAGGGAUGUAACAGUCUGCUUUAUCAAAGCAGAUACGACAUUGACACAGCAGCUGCAAUUGGACCUACUACUUAUUUGAACUUGUGGUAGUCUGAAGCCAGUCUCCAGGAUCGAUCCAGGUUCAGCAGGGGCUAGACAGGUAGAUUAAAUGUAGAUAGGAUGUUGACCACCAUCCCUGCAUCUUUGAGAUCCUUGAAGAUAACAUUCAGCUUCAGCAUCUCCUCUGAGAUGUGAUCUUGUUUUCAUUCACUAUCUUAGCUGGGUAAGGACAGUUUUAGAGGCUUCCACCUGCUCUUUGCCACUGAGAUAGCUUUGACCCCCACAGCUCCAUGGGCCAAGAACCCAGUGUGGGGUUAUUCUGACAGCAGGUAUGUCAGUCCCACUUAAUAUGUUCUAGGAUGAGGAAAAUUACCUCAGGGAUCAGAAUUUGGUCAGUACUUCAUUUAUUACCUGGCUCCUGUAUGCUUCCAUUACGACAAGGGAGGCCAUAAUGAUGUCCUAGUCUCCAAGUAUCAAUGCCAACUUGGAUACUUUGUCCAAUAGUCUUGAAAUGUCAGAAUAUUUCCCUUUUCCUAAUGCACAGUCACUUGAGAAAAUGGCAUAUAUUCCUGUGGGGGAAACCCUUGGGGAACCAUUACACUACGUAGUGAUGAGGCAGGGUUCUUCCCCCUAGCAAACUGGCCUCCUUUUUAGUUAAUGGGUUCCAAGUCUGAAAACUGGUUCAAGUCUGAGAACUGGGCAAGUGAUCAUGACUGUAAUUGAAACGGCGGUUCUCAGUCUCCUGUUUAUCCAUUCUCGUUUUUAAAAAUUUUGUAUGUAUUAAGCAGAACCCUCACUGGAGCUUAUAUGUUUUGCCUGUGUUGUUGCUGUGUGUUGGUGAGUCGAUUCAGACUCAUAGUGACCCUGUAGGACAGAGUAGAAUUGCCCUAUAGGCUUUCCCAGGCUGAAAUCUUUAUGGGAGCAGAUUCUCAGGUCUUUUCUCCUGCGGAGUGGCUGGUGGGUUCAGCCUUUUGGUUCGCAGCCGAGCACUUAACCAUUGCACCACCAGGAUUUGUACUGUGCAUGGUGUUCUUUUAACUGUCUCCACAAUUCUGUGGGUCAUGUCUCUUUGCUGCCACUCCAACAUUGCUGCUAUAUGGAAACUGUGAUCACCUGGCUUCUGAAGAUUAGCGCUGUCAUGUGGCCUCCAUUACCUUGGGUCCCCAUCAUUUUUAUGACUAGCAACAAGCCAAUACCUGUAGCAGCCUCUCCUGCUGUCAUCCCUGGCCUGUGGACAGUCAUCACUGAACUUCUGGGGGAUGCUUUUGUCCCCUCUCACCAACACUUUCCUGAUAGGCUUAGUUACUGGUGAGUUCUCUGGGCUUCCCUCUGGGACGUAGUACUCUGGUGAAUCUUCUGGUCUCACACCAUAUAUCCACUCCAGCAUGCUCACUUCCCUGAGGCUUUUAAUCCCUUCCUCCACUGUCUGCCGUAGCAAUUCAGACUUUUCAACUUUGCUUAGCAUGGGUCAUUCCUUUCUUCAGGCUUCUUGGAAUUAUUUUAGCAGUGAGUUUGCCAAGGCAUCAAAUUCUGUAUCCCGUAACAGUGUCUCCAAGUCAAUAAAUUCUUAUCUAGUCUUAUGUUCCAGCCCCUUUGAUGAAGCAUCUUCAGAAAUCCAGUCCCAUUGGGACUCCCUCGGCUCUUGCUGGCACAUGCUGGCUAAUUCUUGCAACUCCUUGGGAUAUAUAUAGUCCCUUCACCCCUUAUCAAGCCCAGCUCCUUCCUGCCUGAGUUGUGCUGUAACUUAACCCUAGUUAUCAGCUUGGCAGCCAGGAGAAAAGGUGGGGACAGAUCCUGAGGGGCGUCCCUUUUUGCCUUGUAGCAUCUUUCCACCAAGGAACCGGUAGCACUUAAUGCAGGGGAGUGGUCCACUUUGCAGUCAGUCUCUGACUUUUUGGUCCUGGACAGAGUCAUGCCGAGCAGGACCCGGAGUUCCCGGUAAUAGCAGAGUGAAAGCACCAAGUUUUAAAUAACAUUGUGUGUCCAGAGAAUGACAGGGUGUCUGUAUGACUGUAUCACAGUCCUUCACAAAACUUGUUCCCAGACCAAUAGCAUCAGCAUUACCUGGCAGCUUGUUAGAAAUGCAAAUUCUUGGGCCCCAUACCGGAUUUACAGAGUCAGAAAUGCUGAGGGUGGGGGCCAGUGACUUUGAUGUACCCUCAGGUUUGAGAACCACUGCUCUGUAAUGUGAGAUGGGAAAUGAGGCUGGAGAGGAAUGGGAUGGCCAGGUCAUGGAGGGCUUUUUCUGCCAUGAUAACAUACUCAGGCCUAUUCUGCUAUUCUGCCAUCAGGGAUCCACUCUAGGACUUUAAGGAAGAAAAUGACUUGGUCAGAUUUUUGGGAUCUAUCUAUCAUCUACUUGUUAGUUAUAUUUUUUCCUAAUUUCAAAAAUAUUGUGUGAUUGCUGAAGAAAACUUAGAGAACUAAAUCAUUAAAAAAGAAAAUGAUCCAUAACCUGUUAAAGGAACAUAACCCCUGCUAAUAUCUGGACAUAUGUUCUUCAAUUUAUUUUUUUGUGUCUGUGCAUUUCUACAUUUGUAUACCUUUUUUAAACCGAAAAUGGAAUCAUAGUGGAUAUAUUCUUUUGUAGCCUGCUCUUUUUCACUAAACAAUAUAUCAAGAACUUCUUUGCAUGUUAUGCGGUCUUCUGCCAGUUUUAUUGACUAGGGAAUUAUGUUUUUGAUAGCUUAUUCUAGCAACAGCAUGGAAGAUGAAUUUAAGGAAGACAAGAUUGAGCUCCUUCAGGGAUCUGAGUUAUGAAUCUGUUGCAGUAAAUCAGACUGGAGAUGAAAAGGCCUAAAGCACAGCAUUGUAAGCAGGGGUAGAGUUGGGAGCAGAUGUGAGAACUUUAUAGAUUAAAAAACUUACUGAUUGAUUAUACGUGGGAGGUACAUUUUCUUGACUUGGACGAUAUUUUAAGAUUUAGUAUGCAGAAUUGGAAAGAGUAGAGACUGGUAAGUUAUGUUUGGGAGAUGUUAAGCUUUAGGGGUCUGUGAGACAUCCAAGUGGAGAUAUACAACUAAUAAUCAAAAAUAUAAACCUGAAGGUCAAAUUGGUGGGCAGGGCUCGAAACCUAAAGAUACAUACUUAGGAGUUAAAUGGCUAUUUAAACUCUGUGAGUGGCCUAGCCAGAGCAAUAAGACAGGAAAAAAAAAAAAAAAAAAACCGACAAG